AUGAACGAAGUAGAAUUAAAUUUUACUUGUAUGCUUCACACAAUUGUAGUUCUACCAAUUUGGUCAAAGCAACGUGUAUUGUCGACCAUUACUACAAUUCUUCUUGAAUUCAAUCUGUUUAAAUCUGCUAAACAUACUCAAGCACAAGAUUUAACGCGACAACGAUGGUCAACUCGUUUAUUUAUUAUAUUUUUGUGUAUUGCGGUAUUUAUUAUUACUACAUACAACAGCAUCAAUCAACAAAUAAAAACAGUUGUUGUCAAUAAUCCACGCCUUGAUACUAUUGAAAAAUGGCAAGCAGAUUCAAUGGUUGCUUUAUCUUUACGUUGUCCAUGCUCACAAAUCUCAUCUCCUUAUAAAAAUUUCAUACGUCUUACACCCAAAUAUCAUCAAAUAUGUUCUAGUUAUUUCAUUACAUUGGAAUGGAUGGACAGUAUUAACGCAGCUGCUAACAUCGCAAUACACCUGUACUUUGCAGAUUUUCGGGCUAGUUCAGAUUUUUUUAAACUAUUACAAUCACUCUGUACAUUUGCUAAUAAUACAAUUUCUAAUGCUUUAAUAAGUUUCGGUAAUACUCACUUUGUUACAGCUGAAUUUCUUAAACGUCAAGUAUUCGAGAACCAAAUGAAUACAUCUGCGGAAUCCUUUAUACAAUCAACAGUCAACGAAUUCAUGCAUUUGGUACAUUUGCUUGCGAAUGUUACACAAAUAAAUCAAUUCAUCACAGGAGCCUAUACUAAUUUUGAUGUUGAACUGGCUAAUUAUUCAGACAAAGCAAAUAACACAUUUUAUCCUUACUUGAAGACUGCUUCAUUACUUACUAUUAACAGUGAAACAAUAUCGUGUUACUGUAUGAAUGAUACAUGGUGCAAAAUUCAAGUGGGUAUCUAUACUGCAUCGAAAAAUACUUAUCGUAACUAUUCUGUACCUGGUAUGUUCGUUGGUUGUACACCUAUUUUAUCGUUAUUCGUCUCGACACUCGAAUGUUUUUAUGAUGAUAGCGAUUGCUUUGUCAAAAUUGAUCGAAUGAUCGGUACAGAUUUCUUUGCAAUCUCUUCUCGUCUUGAUUCUCAUUUAUCAAGUCAAUUUUCACACAACUCUAGCAUCGGUACCCUUCUUGAACACCUUUUCAUUGAAUUAUGGACAAUGAAUACAUCGUACAUAGAUUCUAUUAAGUGGUCAGAUUUUCUCAUUCUGUUUUGUUCUUGUUGUAUAUUUAGGUUUGAAAGCUACUUCAAUGCCUGUAUAGUUCACUCAUGUUCCUAUACGAUCCUUCAACAUAACAAUGUAAUCGAAAUAUUUGUGAUUCUCAUUGGUCUUAUUGGUGGAAUUUCGACAGCUUUAUCGUUUGCCGUACCAUUAAUUGUUAAAUUAGGAUUUUUCAUUAUCGAACGGUGUAAUCGUGAUGCUCGUCGGCGACAACAAUUAUUACGAGCGAACCAAACAGAAAACCAUUCUACAUCAAGUGAGAUAUUAACAAUGAUUUUUUUUUCUUAAACUGUUGAGCAAUAGAAAUAAAAUUUAAAAAUACGUUCUGCCGAUAGUAAUGUUUCGUUAUAAGAAACUUCUGACUUCUGCUCAGGUGUGAUUUCGAAGAUCAAGAAUAAAUACUGUUACCCAAUUUAUUCUACCCAUUGUUAUGAAUCAUUUUCCGUUUGUUUUUUUUUCUAAGGGCUUCAGCUCUCAAUGCAUAUAGCAACCAUGCGUGUGAACCUGAUAAAAAUAUUACAUAAUAUGAAUUUAUUUUCAAAUCCAAACAAGGCUGUUGAAGAUGAACACAAUAUUCGUGUACAAAUUUUAUCGACUAGAAUUUACAUUAUUCUACUUGGACUUACAUUGAUUAUACUCAAUUUCUAUUCAUCUCUCAGAUAUACAACAAAUAUAACAACAAUAGACAUAUCCAGUGUUGAUGAUUAUGUGAAGCUUACAAAAAAGUACACAAGCCACAGUUCCACAUCAAAGGUUGAAUGUCCUUGUAAAACAGUAUCGAUUGCCCAUUCAUUUUAUAUUCAUCAACUUGAACCAUCAUUUCACGAUAUAUGUUCAUCAGAUGCUCUCAGUAAUGAAUGGUUGAACAUUUUAUUCGAGAUUUAUUUAAAUCUCGAUUAUCCUCCAUCGCACACAUAUACAUUUGAAGGCACAGCUUUUGCACAUUAUCAAGCGUUGAAAAUGAUGUGCGAUUUAAUAAAAGAAGCAGUAGAUGCUGCACAAACACUAUUUAUCAGUUCAACUGUGAUCACGUCACAAAUGAUACAUCCAGAUCAAUUCGAAAAAGAUACAAAAGCAGCCAUCGAACAAUUCCAAAGAAAUAUACCAAACAAUUUUCUUCAUGUGUUAGAGCUCGUGCGGGGAUUCAAUCAAGCCAAUGGUCUUGUCUCUGUCUAUUCUACGAACUGGCACAUGUUACCUGUCUCCGCUGAUGUCAAUGUAGAGCCGGCUAUCAUCUCUUUUGAGCCUCUAUAUUACGGAGAAUGCAAUUGUGCUACAACAGCUACUUGUCAUCAAUUACUAGAAUCUUCAGUACCUGGGUAUGCUGUCGGUUGUGUACCAGUCGAGUCUUUACAGCAAUCAACGGUCGAAUGUCAUUAUAAUCUGUCAUGUAUUCAAUCCUUGUAUUCUUAUGUAACUGGUGAGUGUCUUUAAAAUAAAGACUAUACUUAGCAUAUUUAAUUGUUCUAUUCAGGUUCUUACAAUAUAACUGACCAUAUUUUGCCCUUGAAUAAUACACAUACACGUUUUUUUUCAAAUUCCACAAUACGUACUUUAAUUGAAAAUAUGUUUAUAGAAUCGUGGUCUUCACGUAUCUCAUUCGAUAACUUCUUUCAUCAAUGUCAUCCAUCAACAUGUUCGAUUACAAUUAUUGAACGACUCAAUCUUCUCUAUGUAUUCACAACACUAACUGGUAUUUAUGGUGGAAUCUCCAUAGUGCUGAGAUUAAUUAGUCCACUUAUGGCAAAGUUUCUCUACAAAUGGUUCAUUAAAUUAUAGAGCAUGAAUGACACAUAUUUUAUGAAUUGAGCGUCGAAAAAUACGUGAACUAGGUUCUUCAUAACAGACUAUGCUUAUUUUGUACUGCACUGUUUUUAUUCAUAUGCGAAAAUAUCUUUUGAACAAGCUUAAUAUACACUGCUUAAUUUGCAUAAUAAACUUCUACAAAAGCUUAAACUGCCUUUGAGAAAAUACAUGAUACAACAGACACCAUCAUCUUGAAAAUAUACGUGUGGAUAUUCGUCGACCUAACAUCCACACCAUUCAUAAUGCCUUAAGUAUUCUAAUGAAAUGUUUAAUCUUGAAUCUCAAGCUUGGAUUUCGAAAUAUAUUAAUGGAUGUGUAUUUUUGUUGACACUCAUACAAUGUAAUUUCAAUCUUAAUUCGAAAAAUUCCUUUCUUAUUUCAUAAGAAAUUUAAAAAAUAUUCUAAACUUACAUCAUAAUAAAAUUUAGUGAUACACUAAAACCUCUCUUAGUGGAUACCUCCAUAUAAUGGACAUCUCCUUAUAGUGGACACUUUUUGGCGGUCUCUUUUUCAUAAAUAAUCUCUCUAUAGUGGACACUGAUUAUGAAUUCAAAGAGAAUGUAGAGAUGAAAUAUCUUUACUCAUUCAAAUUAAUGACUCUUUAUUCAUCGGAUGGUAGAAUGACAAAAAAAAUCAUGUUAAUAGAAAAGAAAGAACACACUCUUUGUCUUGAAUAAGAGAGAGGGCUAAAUUUACUGUCGUAUUGUAACAUUUGUCUCAUUUUUUGCCACUAUUAGGAGAAAGGGUGUGGGUGGGUGUGUGAAUGUGAGUGUGGAUGCGGGUGUGGGUGUGAUUUGAGUAACUGUUAACAAACACACCCGCACUCACACCCCACCUUUGAUGUCAAUGAAACAAUAUCUCAUUUGAUAGCGAAUGGCUUAGCAGCAUUCAUCUAAAGUAAAAAAAAAACAUUUGGAAAAAGUAAGUGCCGUUUAUUAAAAUGAAAAACAAUAUUAAAAAUGUGUUUUCAAUUUAUAUCUUUGAUUACCUAUGAGGUUUUAUUGAAUUGAAGUAGUCACUAUCUUAACGAGUCACUUUAUUAUAUAUCAUCGUAGAGCAGUGACGAACUUUAAAAAUUUAAAACACGAAUAUCGUGUAAGCACGGGUGUGAGUGGGUAUUUCUCUUCUCGCACACUUCGCACUCACACUCACACCACAUGAACAGUUGUAAUCAGAGAUGCCAACAGGCCACUUUUUUCUGGCCUGGCCUGGCCUGCUGCCUGGCCUGGCCUGACUUAGCCUACAGGCCAGGCCAAAAGUCAAAGAGUGGCCUGCAGCCUGGCCUGGCCUGACCUGCAGGCCAAACCAGGCCAAUUGAUGUUU